CUAUAUAUGUUAAUAACCAACUCAUAGUUUAAAAUUUUCCACUAAAAUAGUAAUUUUUUUUAUUAAAUUAUUUUAUUUAUUUCUUAUUAUAAAAAUAUAGCUAUAUCUAUAAAAAAUAUUUUGCUAUCACUUUUUAAAUAAAAUAAAAAAAUGAUAAAUGAUAUUUUAUCAAUCGAAAAGUCACCAAAUGACUCCAAUAUUUACAAAUAUAUAAAACUAGAGAAUGAAUUGGAACUGGUCUUGAUCUCAAAUCCAAACUCUAAUCAAUACUCUGCACUAACGUUAUCAGUGGGUGUAGGUUCUUUUUUUGAUCCAUCCGAUGUUUUAGGUUUAUCACAUUUAGUAGAAAGAAGUAUAUUACUGUCUAAUGAAAAGAAUCCAGAUUCAAAUGAUGAUUUUUCAACUUUUAUUCAAUUAAAUGGAGGUUUUCUAAAUUCAGUAACAUAUGAGGAUAGAACAUCAUUUUACUAUAAAAUCGAUUCAUUGUGUCUUGAAGAGUCUAUAGAAAAGUUUUCAAAUUAUUUAAUUGCACCAAUCUUUAAUAAAGAUCUACUCGAAAGAGAAAUUAAUAUAAUCGAAUCAGAAUUCAAUUCGAUCUUUGAUGAAAAUAAAAAGAAUUUGGUUUUAUUGAAGGGUAUCUUUGAAAAUGAUCACCCCUAUGGUCAAUUUAAUAAUGGAAAUAAUAAAACUCUAAGAUUAGAAGAUAUUAGAAAUAGAUGUAUGGAGUUUUUCGAAAAGCAUUAUUCUUCCAACGUCAUGAAACUAUGUGUAUAUGGCAAACAGUCAAUUGAAAAACUUGAAGAAAUGUGCAAGAAAAGUUUCGGCCUCAUAAAGAAUAAAAAGAUUUAUUCAACACCCUUACCCAAGUUUGUUUUAAAAAACCCAAUUAAAUUUGAAAUCGCAUCAAAUAUUCAAGAUAAACACAUUUUAAAAAUCAUAUGGCCAAUUAAUGAUGAAUCAUUAUCCUUUAAAGGAAAAGUUAGAAGCAACUCAAAUUCAAUUAUAAACCAUUAUUUGGGCCAUGAAGCUAAAGGUUCUUUGUCUGCUGCUCUGGAUAACCUAGGUUACAGUUACCGUUUAUAUUCUUUUGCGCAGAGCUAUGCAAUCAAGGAUAUCAACAUUAUGGGCCUAGAGAUUCAUUUAACAAAGUGUGGCUUUGACAAUAUUGACCAUGUGAUGUUUUUGGUAAAUCAAACUAUUAGAGAAUUUAAUGCCAACCAAAUGGUUAAAACUGAAUUAAGAACAUUGGAUAUUGAAUGGAAAUACUUAAAUAACGAUUCGUCAAUAGAUCUAACAAGGGUAGUUUCAAAUAAUCUUUUCUAUGUAGAAAGCCAUGUCCAAGUUUUAAAAUACCCAAAGUACAUGUUUGAAAAAGAAAACCCAAGUGAAAUUAACAAGAUACUAAGCUUUAUGGUCCCAUCAAAUAUGAUUGUAAUGGUGUCAUCAAAUGAAUUUAAAGGAAAAACAAAUUCUGAAAAUGAUAUCUACAAAAUUCAAUAUAGCUCCCAAGUAAUCGAAGAUAGUUUAAUAAAGAAAUGGAAAUUUGAUUAUCAAAGAUCUGUCGAUAUUGUUUUACCCAAACCAAAUCCAUAUCUACCAAAUGAUAUUGAAAUUAAAACAAAAACAUCAUCAAAGCCACAUGAAAUUUACAACUUUAAUGGCAUUAAGAUUGACUGGGGUUCAGAAUCCAGUUUAAACUCACCAUAUCUAAAUAUUAUAGUCAAGUUUGAUUGCCCAACCAAAGGAAACGAGCAAUAUAAAAAUG